AUGGAGACCAACGACGUUGUGCUUCGCGCUGCCACGGAGGCGCGCGCACCAGCGGUGAACGAGUUCAACUCGUCGGACGGCGCCUCGGAGUCGGAGUCGGAGCCGGACGGCCAUUCGCUUGAGACGGGUUCGUUUGUGGUGCUGCACGGCCUUCGGCAGAAGCCAGAGCUAAACGGCACGGCCGGCUUUGCAAUCGAGGAGCUGGCGAACGAGAGGUGGAAGGUGGUACUGCCACCUUCCACCGAGAAAGCCGUGAAGCCGGCCAACUUGCAAGUCGCCGCGCCGGCAAAGCCGCACUCCGAGGCUGAGAAGGAGGCGGCCAGGCACGUCGCUCGCCUCAUCUACGACUUGUUCCUGGCGAGCACCGAGACGCGGCUUUUCUUCCCGCCGCAGCUAUCGCCGUAUUCGCGACGGCUGCUGCACGAAACGGCCGGCGAAUAUGAAAACCUGCAGCACGGAUCGGUCGACGCCAAAGCCAUCGUGAAAGCGCAGGGCAUGGCCGACAGAGAGGCCGAACUCGACCGCGUCGUUGCCGCCGCCAUCAUUGCCGGCAACCUGUGGCAGCAGAGCCGGAAAAAGUUCCAUGGUCCGCGGCAGCUCAUCGUGCGAAAGGAGGAGGCGCCGCCACUCGCGCUGCCGCCGCCGCCCGCCGCGGAUCACCUCGAGCUCUCGCUCUUUGACGAGAUCUGCCGGCUCUUCGAGGCGAUGGAGGCGGUGCAGGACGUGGACGCGAGCGGCCUCCGCGUCACCGGCGCUCUCGAGAAGCGGAAGCAGCUAUGCCACCGCUUCUGGCGCGGCAGGGCGCCGUCUUCGGUGCGGGCGGCGGCGGCGGAGACGCGAGGUGACGACGGCACCCGGGCGACCUCUCCACGCCAUGUCGCGUAG